AUGAUUGCCCCGGCGCCACUGGUCGCGCGCGCGCCAUCGCCGGCGGCAUCGAGCAAGUCAUGGGUUCUCUAUUGCGGCUACGUGCUACUGACGACACUGAGCAGUUGGUACUACCUCUUUCUCGUGCGCCCGAGUCUCGCCAACGACCUCUUGUGGCCCGGCUUUUCGACCACGGGAUCCCAGACGUUCCUCGGGGACGUGUUUCAGCGCCUUCUGCAGCAGAGCAACGCAACGUCGAGCUCUCUCUUUGCUCCAACUUGGAGUGGGCGCAAAUCGUACGACUCUGCGCCCACGUUUAUCGACACGACGUUGUCCCUGUCGCGCGUCGUGCUGCAGUCGCCGCUGACGCUCGAGACGGCGCUGCCCGUCCUCCGCGCCACGCGCUUUGAUUGGAUGCUGCGCAUGUACUCCCAGUACUGCUACGUCGACUUGGAUCGAAUGUAUGCCGUCUCGACGACGUCGGCGCGCCAAGAACGGUGCGACACCAAGUACAAAAGCAACGCUGCUGUCUACUGGGAGCCGCUUUGGCGCAACGCCGUGCCUCGGGACGUGCUCGAAGGUGCGUACGCCGAGGCGCUCGAUGUUGCGGUCUUUGCAGCGCUCAAAAACAAUACCUGGUGGCAGUCGCUCUGGGUGCGCCCGCUCUUGGCGCCAAUGGACGAAGUACGCUUGUGGCGAUCGCGUGGGUUAACCUACUGGCAGACCCAAGUCAACAACUACUAUGAAGUCGGGCUCACGGAGAACAUCGAGGUCGUCAAUGCUCUCGGCGUCGUCCAAGUCAUGACGAUCCACCAAGUGCCGAGACACUUUCGCGGCUUGGCGCUCUGGACGAUGGGCAACUCGUACAACGGCAUUUGGAACGAUCUCUGGCAGUGCCAGGCCAUCAACUGCAGCCUUGUUCGCGGGGCGAGCGCCGCGUCGGACGACGUCAAGCUGCACUGGGAAACCAUCGAGUACGGUCUCACAAAUGACACGCCACUGCAAUGGGCCAUUCGUUCGCACAUGGGCCCCUUUGGCAGCAUUGAUAUCACGCUCCUUGCCAAGCCGCCGCCGCUUAUAGCGUGUAUGGCCCAGUAUACAACCACGUGGUAUGGGCCCAUCGCCCUAAACGCAUCGCUCGCGACCUCUCUCGCAGCGUGGCCACGCCGACGCGUGGCGCUGCUUCCAACCUCGUGGCGGGCGCCAGGUCUCUCGUACUUUGGAGGCAACCCCAUGUGUCUCGGCAAUACGCCACAGCCCUUCGCGCAGGACCAACUGGGCUUUUACGACACGUGCACGGCACCGACACCGCUCGAGAUGGUCUUGGACGCCGAUGCAGUGCUGUUCGCCUAUGUGAUGUGUGGCCCUACGGUUGACGUGGAUGCGAUCUGCGGCCACUGCGACGGCGACGCGAGUCGCGCUACAUGCCAAGCGGUGCUGCGCACAGUCGCGUCGUGGCUCGCCACCUCGGGGCUUCCCCCAGUGUUUGCCAAUACCGCUGCGACAGACGACGCAAUGCAGCGCCUCAACUUGACCCUGGUGCAGUUUGCGUGGAAUGGGUCGGACGUAAGUUUCUUGACGCAGCCCUGGGUGCACGGCUCGUGGCACUUUUUUGGGUAUCUCGCGGUGUACGAUUGGAUGCGUGGCGACCGGGAAGCUUACGCGUACGACAGUGACAAUGGGGCGUUUGCUCUGUUGUCGCCGGCGGUAUCGCCGACGCCGCUGGCCGCCAACCCCCUCGAGCUGCCACAACACGUGUCGCUGUACGUCUGGUACGUCCUCUUGUACUCGACGAGCGUCCUGUCAGGCCUCGCCCUCUGGGUGCUACUGGCAGCAUCGAGAUCCAAGCUGCCGCGCCAAUUGCUGCACAUUAACCGCGUGGCCGGUCUCGUCUGGAUCGGCCGCCCGAUCCUGCUUCUGCGCAGCGCCACGGCGCUCGCGAUCUUAAGCACGUCGCCGAUGCAGUUUGAAACACGAGCUGGCGUCUCCCGCUUUGUCUUUGCUCCGCGCUCGGUCCUCGAGACAAUGGUCUUGUCGGGCGAGGCGACGUGGGCCACGUACGUGCUCGUCGAUGUGCUUUUACCGUUGACAAAGCGGGCCGCGCCGAUGUAUGCACCCCUCAGCAGCCUCGUUGCGUGGCUGCUCGUCGUGCUUUGGGAUGUCUUUGCUCCGUUUCAAGCAACUCUACACGUUGCUCAAACCUGCUCGAUCCUCGAGCUCGGCUUGUCUGCCACAUGUACGGGCGGUCGCAUCGAGGUCGGAAGUGCGGCGCGGUUCUAUGGCCUUUUGACCGCUAAUCUUCUCUCCGUGCUCUUGCCGGCGCUUUGGAUGUACAAUGCCAAUAUCGACGAACAUAGGACCGAGCCUGGUCCGCUUGUGGCGGCGUCGGUCGAUGCCUUCUUCCACAGCGCCGCCGGGCACUUGGAUCCUGCAGGCGCCAUUAUGUCGGGGCUGCUACCGCUUCGGCGUGGCUUUGUGGACAUGAGUCUCUGGCUCCGCGUCGGCCUUCGCGUCGGGCCACGCCUGCAGACCAAGAUAACGACCCGGCCUUUGCCACCGGUGGCGCCACGCCGCCUCGUGCUCAAAGCCAGUGCUGGGUUUCUAUACGUUGUGUUUUCCGUCGUCGGGAGCUACAGCUAUGUUUACGUCUCGGAGACGGCACUCGCCAACGAUCUCUGGUGGGCGGGCUUCAACGCAACGGGCCACCAGACGCUGCUCGCCAACUGGUUUCUCCAGCAGCUUCAAGUGACUACGUCGCUCUAUGACAUUGACCUCACGGCUCGUCGGUACCGCGACAAUGCCAACCGAUACAACCUCUCCGAUACGAACACGGUCGUCUCGAACCUCUAUGCCAGCAUGCUCCAGAGCGAAGUCAGCACGCUUCCCGCCAUCGUGCGUGGCCUUCGGCGUAUGGAGAGCGGUGAUGUGCCGUGGAUCGCCACAAGCUAUUGCUUUCUCGACCUCAACCGAUCGUGGUCCAUGGCCAUCUCGUCGGCGCGCCAGGCGCAGUGCAAUGCGUCGAAUGGCGCCGUCUACUUGGAGCCCAUAUUGCGCAACGUGGCCUUCUCGCAUGCGUGGUGGUACCCUGGCUUUGCGAUCGGAAUCGAAGCGCAUCUCUUGACGAGCGCGUCGGGACGUGCCUGGCUCGCGACGCUAGCGGCGCCACGUCUCGAUAUCGACGGCGAAGUCGCUCAUUGGCGCACGCACGGCCUCCAACGGUAUGAGACGCAGUGGCAAAACUACAAGCGUCUCGGUGUCGUCGAGUCGUUUUCAAUUGCAACGGCCUUGAACACGCGAUAUGCGAUCUCCCUGCGCGCGUCAAACGCAUCCCUCCACAGUGCGAUGCAAACGUCCUUUAAGAUGCAGUGGCCGCUCGCGAGCUACUUUUGGGCUGUCACCGCCAACGCCUCGGGGAUGGGUGGGUCGAGUCUCUUGCGAGAGAGUCCUUUCUUUGCCUUUGGUAACGCGACAACCAUCGCAUCCGUGCUCGCACGCAACCAGACGCUGCGCAUGCCGCUUGAUCCCGCGAUGGCGGCCUUGGAAGCCGCCGUCGGACCCUUUGGCACCAUCGAGAUGCGCCGAGUGGCGUUUCCAAUCGUGCUGCGAACGUGGUACGCAGAGCUACGCGCGGCCAUCGUCGCCGGCCUCGCCGGCGGUGAAGCGACUGCAGCGUUUGCCCAGAUUUCACCCUCGGUCACGCUCUUCCCGACACCGACCGAGUGGGCGAUGCUGGCGUCUGUCGGCGGCGACCUCACGUGCCCGGGCCAGGGCGCCCCCGUGACGUUUGUGCUGCAGUUUUUUUCCAACACGGGGGCUUGCUCGAGCAACAAUCAAGACUCGGUUGUGAUCGAUGCCAUCGGUGCGACCCAGUCGCUGGUCUCGACGAACGCACUCAGUGCUACGGUAGCGUGCGGCCAUAUGUGGGGAUCGUCGGCUGCCUGCGAGAGCCUCCUGGCCUCUACGCAGCAGCUACUGCAAGCGCUCCUCCUGCCAAACCACGAGGCGCUCAUCGCUGCGGUGCGCGAUGACGACACGCUGCAGCAGCUGCGCCUUGUCCAGUACAUGCAAGCGGCCAACGGCUCGAUACAGCUCAUGCAGUCGCCGCUUUUCCCAUUGACCGACCCUUCCUUUCACGUGUUUGGGUACAUGUACCUUCUCGAGUGGCUGCGCGGCGUGCGCGAGGUCGUGUCAUUUGAAAGCAACUAUGGUCGAGUUGUCACCCUCUCGGCCCGUAAUCCCGUGCUUGUCGGGCCCGUCAACGCCCUCGAAGUGCCGACCAACGUCGCCACGUACACGCGGUACGUUCUGCUCUACGUCACCGGCGUCCUCAUGCUUGUGGCGCUUCUCACCGGCGGGCAUGUGCUCUGGAGCCGCGGCUGCGUCCACGGCUACAACCUCUUUGCCAUCAACCGCGUCACUGGUCUUGUCUGGAUCGGCCGGCCGCUGCUUCUUUUGCGUGGCGUCUCGGCGCUCUGCCUGCUCUCGACGGCCCGUCUCGACAUUCGGAAAGACGACUCUGGUUUCUACUUGUUUCACGCGACGCAGCCGAGCUGGCCCGCGACGAUUAUGGCCGGCGGCGAAGCCACGUGGGUCGUCUUCCUCCUCAACGAUGUGGCGUCGCUCUACACGCGCGAGUACACGCCAUUGUACGCGGGACGAAGCAGCCUCGCGGUGUGGGCAAGUGUAGCGCUUUGGAGCCUUCUUACGCCCGUGACCCCUACCGCAGCGAUCGACCGGCGCUGCGACAUUCCCGCCGUCGACGCGCAGCUCGUGUGCGAAAGCGGUGUCGUCGCCAUUGGCAGCGCGACGCGGUUGCUGGCGCUGUUGGGCGCCACCAAUGGAAUCGUGCUCGGCACGUUCCUGCUCCAGCGCGUGCGGUGCCGCCAAGUGCCACCGCCGUCGAUCCAUUCGCAUUUACUCUACGCAUCGGCCCACUACCACUUCAACUCGACCCAUUGGCUCGAAGACGACGUCUACUACCUCGACUCGGCUUCGGCCACGAUCGCUGGGCUCUUGAGUCUGCGCUGGCGCCACUCGCUCUAUGUGCUCGACAUCAAAAAGUGGCGCCUCCACGUGCUCGCGCCACCCUCGUGCACCGACCACCGCGCCCGUGCACUGCCAUUGCCGCUUGCCGCCACCUAG